UUUCGGUGGAAACUAGACCAUUGGCGCCGACUGUACUUGUACGGUAUUGUUUGUUGUUUUCUUGAUAUUUUGACUGAGGUAAUUCAAUAUGUACGUUUUCAAAUCAUCGAUAUAUAUUAUAUUGCACUUGUAUGCAUUUUUCUGGAAUGUUUAUUGCGACGAAACGGAUGUAUCCAAAGAUGACGUGCCGUUCACAGAAGAACUAAAAAAUAUAUAUUCUUUCUUCUAUACAUCCAAAGAUGAAGAUUUUGGUGCAGGAGAGCAACCACAAAAAAAUUAUCAAUUUCCUUUAUCUGAUGUAUCCACAGAAAUACAGCCAAUUGUUUGUAAAGAAUGGGAUGAAAAAAAUACACAGGAAGCAAUAUUUUAUAAACGUUUAAUUUCUAUCUUAUUAUCGAAUCUUUUCAUACAGAGACAUAAUGACAGAUUGAUUGGAAAACUUAGUAUAGAAGCAUCUUCUUUACAAUUUGAAUAUCUUCAGAAUUUUGUAAAAGGUCAAGGUUCUAUAAGAGAAGUAGAUAGAAUACUGGACAGUAUAAUACAACAACCUGAUUUCUCAGCAGAACAGUUUGUGGCUGAAGCAACUUAUUAUCUUACUUUAUUGAAGGAUAAUUUGAUGUAUUAUUUGCAAUUUGUAAAAGAACAUUGGAAUAUAACAAUAAUCUCUUUUGUAGUUAUAGCCAGUUUUAUGGUACUAAGAAGGCAAAAAUGGUCUCGAGGUUUAAUUAUUUUUCUAGUGUUUGAUGUUAUAUUUAUAAUAAGUUUUUUUAUAACUUGGUGGCAACUUAUACAGGAAGCAGAAAUUAAGCUGAUGGCAGCUCAAGCUCAAUUUGCAGAAAUGCCGAUUACUUGCCAGCCACAUAAAAUGGGUCAUUGGGACAAGAUGAUUUCCUUUCUUUACUCUACUAACGAUUGUGAAAGGUAUUAUGAAACUAUGAUGACCAAUCCAAAACUGAAAGUAACGCCUGUGCUUGUACUGACACACCUUCUUAGCACGGUUAUUUUUCAUCCUUUGUCAUCUUUUGGCACUGCCAUAUCUGAAUUUAUAAAAAAUGCCACAGGUGAACUGAACUUUUUCUACAAGUUUCCUGUCAUAAUUCUUCUUUUCUUAAGUGUGUGCAUAUGUAUAGUAUUAGUGCCAUUGUUUUUACUCGGUGGUUCCUUAAAUUUUGGUGUUGGACCGUUUUUCAAAUUUGGGUUAAAGGGAAGAUCUAAACAGCAAGAGCGCAUUGAACAAAUUUAUGAGAAUACUUCGUCUAAAAAACGGUUAAAAAAUUCAAAAAAAUUGAAACAAAUUACAUUGGAAGAUAAAGAUCCUGCUGGAGGUGACACUGGUAUUGAUACACAUCUAAGACUACAAUGUAAACAUAAAAAACAAUGCACAUGUGAUAAUGAAGAUAUAGAUUUAAGUACAGAAUGUGAAAAGGAGGAGCAGAUAAUUGAUUGUAAAUGAAUAUAUGUCGCUUGUUUUUUUUAUAAAUUUUGUUCUAGAUUUU